GCUAGAUAAUUAAUUAAUUAAUUAAUAUAAUUUGCUGCAGGCAAAAUUUUUUUCGACUUUACAAGGAAGAUAAAGUGAAACAAUUCUCGCCAACCCCAUACUUGGUGAUGCUAAUGAACCAGAUGGUCCGGAUCCUGAUUGCGCUGCCCUGGGUGCACCCAAACAGCACCCUCCUCUUAAUCGGCAACGUCACCGUCGGCAUCAUUGCACUCUUCUUCGUUAUCCUCUUUCUCAUCUACUCCGAUGGGAAUAAGAGGUUGCAGGUGGGGCUGGUGGUGCUCCUCGAGCUCAUAUUGGUCGUCGUGCUCACCCUUGUUGUCCUCACUCUUUUACACUCCACACGGCGCCGUUCUCUGGCUGUUGGAAUCAUCGGCAAUGUCACAAGCAUCAUGGUGUAUGCCUCGGCCAUUUCAGUCAUGGUCAGUACGCCACAUAUAUGAUUCAUAAUAUAUAUUAAUAUUAAUCAGUGUUAUGAAUUCCGUAUCAUACCGGUAAAUAUGACCAAUACCGAAACGAUAAAUAAUGCAAUUUCGUUUCGGUCAAAAUCCAGACAUUUUGGUCAAAAUUUGGUGUACCGGCCGGAACAUCAAAAUUCCGGCCGGUGUACACUGUCCAAAUUAAAAAAAAAAAAAAAAAUCCUUCCCUUUUCAAACCCCUUGCUUUGAUCUGCUUCGUCUUCUCCCCUUUUCUGGUGGCUGCCGAACCCAGCCGAUACAUCAAAAUUCCGGCCGAUGUACACUGUCCAAAUUAAAAAAAAAAAAAAAAAAGAUCCUUUCCUUUUCCGGUGGCUGCUAAACCCCUUGCUUUGGUCUGCUUCGUCUUCUCCCCUUUUCUGGUGGCUGUCGAACCCUUCUGCUUUGGUGAUUACCGGUGAUGAAGGUGGAGGCUGUGAUGAUGAUGAGAUGCAAGAAGAUUGUCAAGAUCGGAGUCCCCAAGGGGGCUUGGGGCUAGAUCUGCUUCGUCUUCUCUGGUUUCUUUUUUUUUUUUUUUUUUUUAUGGCUGCUUGGUGAUUGGUGAGGGUGAGGGUGAUGGCGAUGAGAGUGAUGAUCAGUAAGGGGAUGGUGAAGAUCCGAGGUGAAAGAACGGAGGUGAUGGUGGCGAUGGUGGAUCUGCAGAAGGGAGAAAAAUCAAGUUUUUUUUUCUGU